AUCACGUGACGUGCAUAUCUACUCGUUGUUCGGGACAACUCCCAGCUUCGUCAGUCUCUGCACACUUACUAUAUUUGACCGAAUACAAAUCAGCUGAAUAGCAAUGAACACAUGAACAAAAGCUUCGUCAGGAGACCGCACAAUCAUUGCUGUAGAUUUGGCUGUGAACAAUGACGUGAUCCAAGAUGGCGGCUGAUAUGGUGUUUCUGGUCACUGUGUGCAUCGUGUCUGUUACUGGAUUCUUCUUCCUGUGUUUCGUGGUGUUGUCCGUCGCCUGCAGCCUCUACCCCAACGUCUGUCACAAGCGGAAGUCGCUGGGAAAGUUUCGGGGAAGGGUCUGCAGUUUCAGGGGAGGAGGCGGCGAGGCUCUAGAGGGGUCCCUCUCUGCUUUCAAACAUUCUUCCUCGAUCGGAGCAGACUUCUUCCUCACUGUCAGAAGAACGAGAGAUGGCGAGAUUAUCGUCUUUCCAGACGAGACUUUGAAGCGGUGUUGUGGCACGCCGUGGAAAGUAACUGACUCGUUAUAUAGGGUCCUGCCAUGCCUGAGGCCGCCAUUCUUCCUGCGGUAUCAGAAAGGAUUCGCAUCACGAGGAAAGCCAGAACCGAUUCCAACUCUUCGGGAAAUAUUUGAGAGGUUUCCUAAAUCCGCCGUCUUUAUUGACGUCAAAUGUGAGGGUGUGGACCACGCGUUGAUUGACGGGAUCGCGAAGCUGGUGGUGAAACAUAAGCGAGAGACGUCCACCGCGUGGGGGAGCCACGACACCAAGCUGGUGAACGCCCUCUACAACAAGAACCCCUUCAUCCCGCUGUGGGUGAACCGGCACCGUCGCUCUGUAUUCCUCUUCUUGUUCUACCUCGGUCUCCUGCCCUUCACGCCCAUCAAGGAGACGGUGUACCUCACUCCUAUGCCGUUGCUGACGCUGGACCCCCAGCGAGGCUUCCAGGUCGGGUACGUGAGAGGCUGGAAAACAUGGAUUAUUGACAAACUGAUGAUGAGCGGAGGAUUGAUCAAACAUCUGAGAGCCAGAGGGAUACCGACAUACGUCUACUGCCUGAAUCAGCCACACGAGUUUGACCGCGCGUUCGAGUUGGGCGCCACCGGUGUCAUCACAGACUUCCCCUCCCGACUGAAGGACCAUCUGGACCGACUGGAUGCCGAGAAGAAGGAUCGCGAGGAGUAGAGCCAUGGACCAUGUCGGCCGAUUGGAGAUAUUGGACCUAUGGACCAUGUUGGCCGCUCUGGGAAACAGUACAUUGGACCAUGUUGGCUUUCAGAAACACUGUAGCAUGGAUCACAUUGACCUCUCUGAGACACUGUACCAUGGAUCAUGUUGGUCUCUCUGAGACACUCUACCAUGGAUCAUGUUGUUCUCUCUGAGACACUGUACCAUGGACCUUGUUGUCCUCUCUGUGACACUGUACCAAGGACCCUGUUGUCCUCUCUGGGAUACUGUACCAUGGGUCUUGUUGUUCUCUCUGAGACACUGUACCAUGGACCUUGUUGUCCUCUCUGAGACACUGUACCAUGGACCUUGUUGUCCUCUCUGUGACACUGUACCAUGGAUCUUGUUGUUCUCUCUGUGACACUGUACCAUGGACCUUGCAUGUUGUCCUCUCUGUGACACUGUACCAUGGAUCGUGUUGUUCUCUCUGUGACACUGUACCAUGGACCUUGUUGUCCUCCCUGGGAUAGUGUACCAAGGACCUUGUUGUCCUCUCUGAGACACUGUACCAUGGACCUUGUUGUCCUCCCUGGGAUAGUGUACCAAGGACCUUGUUGUUCUCUCUGUGACACUGUACCAUGGAUCUUGUUGUCCUCUCUGAGACACUGUACCAUGGACCUUGUUGUCCUCUCUGAGACACUGUACCAUGGACCUUGUUGUCCUCUCUGAGACACUGUACCAUGGACCUUGUUGUCCUCUCUGAGACACUGCACCAUGGAUCAUAGUGUCUUCUCUGAGCUACAGUACCAUGACAUCUGCUGUGCUCAAUGGAUUUUAUAUCAAUAAUUACUCUUGGCGAGGUCAAUUAGCGCAGAUCAAGGACCUGAGGACCCGACCCCCGGGGUUCGGUCAGACCGGCGAAGGGAUCGUGUCCAAGGUUCUGUAUUUUCGUAUACUGACCUCGUCAAGAGUAAACAUUUGUGUUGUUCCGAAGUUCACUUUAAGUUUAUGAAGCCUUCAAACACUCCGCUGUUCACUUCAGUAAUAUAUGUACUGCUAUCAGUCAACAUGAGAAAUACCUUAACUAUGAAGGGUUGUCUCCCUUACACUGAGCACUGCUGCCAAAAGGCAGCAAGGAGUAGCCUCCCUUUGCAUCCUUCACAUACAUGUCUGCAUACCAUGUUGCCUCCUUCAGACAGAGCCAGGGAGUUUCAAUGUAUCACAAUAAACACAUUUCACAAAAAUGUAAAAA